AUGGGAGCUGGGAUGAAGCGCGCGAGAGGGGAGGAGCCAACUGUGUCGCUGGCGUUGUCGCUUGGCACAGACUCCUCGACGUCUUCUGCCGUGACGUCGCUGAGCACGGACUCGGGCGCCGGUGCGCCGGCCAAGCGCAGGAGGGGCGCCGUGGUGGCGACGUCGGGAGAGGGGGAGUUCGUGUGCAAGACGUGCGGCCGGGCCUUCCCUACGUUCCAGGCGCUGGGCGGGCACCGGACCAGCCACCUCCGCGGCCGCCACGGGCUGGAGCUCGGCGCCGGCGUCGCCAAGGGCAUCAAGGAGCGGAAAAAGCAGCGGCACGAGUGCCGCAUCUGCGGAGUUGGGUUCGAGAUGGGCCAGGCACUGGGGGGACACAUGAGGCGGCACCGCGAGGAGAUAGCAGCACUCAGUGACGCCGGCGACCGGUGGACCGCGCUGCUGCCAGAUCAAGAGGAGGCGGGUCACCACCAGGCCGCCGCCGACCAGCCACCCGUCUUGCUCGAGCUGUUCGUCUAG